CCUGACUUCAUGGCAGGAGCAAGGUGACGAUGGCCGCUGAGGUGGUUGCAGCCAUCUGUCUGUUCUGGGGGUCUCUUGUCGUUCUUGUUUCUGGUAUUGGUUAUUGGCAGAUACAGAGACACUACUCUUCGGCUCAGCCAAAAAGUCGGUAUGAGGAUGAGGAUGCUCCUCACGUAACAAUUAUCCGGCCAGCGAAAGGUCUAGAUCCUCAGCUGUACGAGUGUCUUGCUUCGACGUUCCGACAAACCUAUCCGAAGGACAAACUCACGAUCCGCUUUUGCGUAGCGUCGCACAAUGAUGCAUCUAUGCCUGUUCUUGAACGGCUUGCGCAGGAUUUCUCGAGUUUUGAUGUAAAAGUCCUGGUCGAAGAGGAGGAUCCGCUCCUGCAAGAUGGAGUGCCGAACGCACUUGUGUUGGGACCUAAUCCCAAGAUACGAAGUAUGAGUCGCGCAUACCGAGAAGCGAAGGGAGACAUCGUCUGGAUCAUUGAUUGUAACGUAUGGGUUGCCUCAGGAGUCUGUGGACGUAUGGUCGACCGAUUGCUAGGACGAACGCCAGGCAGUCGUCCGCAGAGGCUCGUACAUCAAAUGCCGCUUGUAGUUGACAUUGAAGGCCUAGAUGUUGCAUCUACGAGCUCUGUUAUGACGGAAGGUUUUCACAAACGCGAUUUGUCAAUUCUAACAAAAGGAGGACGGCUCGAGGAGAUGUUCAUGUCUUCAGCGCACGGCAAGUUCUACACUGCCAUCAACACGGUGCUUAUUGCGCCCUGUCUUGUGGGCAAGUCGAAUAUGUUUAGGCGAUCGCAUCUUAACGCUCUUACGAAUGGAGAAGGCAUUGACUACUUCAGCAACAAUAUUUGUGAAGAUCAUCUUAUUGGUGACCUCUUGUGGAAAAGACCUAUUCCCGAGGAAGUUUUGAACAAAAGUCCUGGAAAGAAAUGGGGCAAACACGCUAUGCUUUUCGGAGAUAUAGCUAUUCAGCCUAUGAAAAAUAUGCAUGUUAGCGAGUACAUCGCACGCAGGGUGAGAUGGCUGCGCGUUCGAAAAUAUACCGUGCCAGCUGCAACCGGUGUCGAACCUACCACGGAAAGCUUUGUAUGUUCGGGAAUGCUAGCAUAUGGUGCCACAACUCUUCCGUAUGCGCAUGAAAAGCUUGGAAUCCCGCAGACUUGGCCAACAUUCGUUCUUGUCUGGCUACUGGUCGUAUUUUCAUGGGCAAUAACCGAUUGGACUUUGUACAAGAAGAUACAUUCUGCGGCGUCUAUAGCACAAGACGAACAUACGCCACUCUUCGCGCGCCCUGCCAACAAUGGCGGUGCGAGAAGACCUUUGAAUGAGUGGUUACUUGCUUGGUUAGGCCGUGAAGCACUUGCGUUUCCGAUAUGGCUAUGGGCAGUAUUUGGUGGGGCUACUGUCACUUGGCGAGGCAAGCAAUUCUGGGUCGGAAUGGACAUGCGUGUUCAUGCCAUUGAAAAGCAGGCGCGAAGUAAGAAGGAUGUAAUGAUGGAUAGGACGAAGGUAGAAUGACAGCGAUGAUUUUUACAUCAGAUAGUAAUGACCUUCAAAAACUGAAGACAGCGACCUCAACUUAGAAGCGGUCUACUUUCUUCCACGACCAGCAUCUGAGGGUCGAUAUCAUCUUCAUUCCUAGUCUUGAC